UUGACACCCCUGGAAUUAGACCAUCGAUUGUGCGCGUCGAUUGGCAAUGCUGGCCAAUAGACACAGUUAGUAACGUUCGAGAUGUGCACGGAUAACCUAAUUUCCCGAUCGUGAUAUGUCAUAUACUAGAAUGUGCGGUGUAUUUUCACGGUAAUACACGCAACACCAGCUACGCGUUUUUACGCGAAGAAAAAGACCUUUUGCAGUUUUCAAUAGGAUUCUUACGAAACUCCGACGACAGUGCGCGCACAGAGUGCGAUUGGCAUUUUCUCGAGCGCAACGUCUCCGGCUCUCUCGACGAUAUAGUUUUCCGUAUCGGCGAUCAAGGCAUUCCUCGAAAACCGCUUCUACACGGAAAACAAUGCGAAAUGUCUGCUCUCCGAUGGUGCCACGCGUUCUCGGCUAGCUAAACGUCGCAACGGACGUUGCGAAUCGGAUUCGUGGUUCUCUCAGAGAUGUAUUUCAACGACGUUUCGAUCGUUUAAAAUGUAACGAAAGCACGCGAGAGAAUUCUCUGGCAAGCGAGAGCAAAGUAACAAGGACAGAAUGAAAUUGGAUUUUUCAGGUGCGAUCCAAGAUUGUUGUUGUACGUACGCGGUAGAUUCGAGAUCCGAUUAGCUUUCCUCUAAUGACAGGGAACAAGUAUCGCUAUAUGGAAAAAUUAAGCGCGUACGUGGUUCCAGCAAGAAUAUCGUAUUACCAGUUGUCCGUACAGAAGCAUGACUUAAUUUGUAGAAGGAACGAGGGAAACUACAACGUAACAUGAUACGUCCUUUUUCGGAUGAAGAUGCCUGGUGUUACUGGGUGAUAUCCGUUGGAGCUUUACUGUCGUUUCUCGGCUUUCUGGUCGCUUGCAUUUGUAGCUGUCGGCGCAGCGACACCAAAAACGAAUUUCUUGGCCUGGCGGGUAUGGUAACGCUGAACAGUCCGGAGAACGAGAAUUUUGCUGGAAUCCCGAUAAACGACGCCUCGAGCCGCACAGCAGCCACGCAAGAUGUUACCGAGACUGCCGGCGGAAAAAGGACAAUCGGCGCGAACAGAAGUCUUCCGGAUAUACCAAAAGAUAAGAGACACGAGGACAUGGUCGAAUCGGAGUCUCAAGACAUCUACGAGACCACCGAAACGAUUGCCGAUCAUUCGGAGUUGUACGUCACCGUACAGGACGCAGGAUUGGAGGAAGAGGCCGCCGAACAGCAAACUCAAGAAGCUUUGCAACAAAACUGUUCGACCAGAGAGAACUCUAUUCGUCAGUACUCGAGAUUUGUAUCCGUUGGUUCGGACAAUGUCGAGCACCCUUACGCUCAACUUCAAGACGUUCAGAAGACCGAGACUAGUCAGUUGAAUAGAGGCAAUGUUCCGUCAACGAUCGACACCAAGAAAUCGAGCGCAUCGACGAGUCAAGUUGGCAGCGCGAAUCCGAUUGCUCCGCCUAGAACUCGACGGACGUCCUCGCACAAUUCGCUCCUCUCCGACGACAUCAUCGGUUCUCGCAGCAACGAAAUUCAAGCGGCAAACGCGAUCUCGGGUGGGGUGCAAGCGAAUCAAGAAUUACCGUACAUGACGCCGCCGCUUUUAAUGCUGUUACCGGUGACUCAGUCGCAUUCGCAGUCGCAGUCGCAAUCGCAGUCGCAAUCGCAAUCGCAAUCGUCCCAGUCGCAAUCGCAGCCGCAGUCGCAGACACAGCUGCAGGUGUCUCGAUCGGGACAACCUCAAGCUCAACCGACUAGUCCGCAGCAACACUUUAGCGGCGAUUCUCAAGACUCGAAAGGAUACACCAGUAUAAGCGUCAGAGAGCCGCUCGCCAACAUAAUCGCGCAGACGAAGACGAUCUGUCGUCAGAGUCAGUCGGGACGACCGUUGACGGAUCCUCAUUACGCGACCGUAUCGGAUGACUCGGACGAAAUGUAUGCUGCGAUCGACGAACAGGACAAAGUGUACACCAGCGGGAGCGAAACGUACGCUCAGAUACAACCGACAGCUACGGAGACGCAACGAACCACGCAAAUGGAACCGUCCUCGUCGUCCUCGUUUCCGCGAACUCCUUCUCGUUCCGACGAAACGCAACCCGCUGCUCCUCAACCGCCGAGCGUGGAUAGCUUGCGUCACGUGGCGCACGCACACUCCAGGCAAGCUUCGUCCUCGAGCGCAAACAGUUCCAUCGUAAAUCCUGGUUCGCCCAAGCCGGAGAAACGUCAAGCCAACUCUCCGUUGCCACCUCCGCCGGAAGGAACGAUGGAUAUGUACGCCUCGAUCGACAAGAGAGCCACCAGCAGCAAGACCGAGGACCGUUGUUUGAAAUCGACUCUGCUAAAUGGGAAAUCCUUGGAGGAUAUGUACGCGAAAGUGAUGAAAAAGAAGAAAGAGGCGGACGAGCAAAACGACGCGCAGCCGAGUUCUUUCGUUGCCGGUUUACACCAAGACGUCGUUAGCGUCCCAGCCUCUGCCGCUAUUGCCGCUGCCGGGUUAGCGGGCUCGGGGGGCAUGGACACGGGCACGAUCGCAGCCACGGUUGCGAUCUCGGACGCGAGUACGGCCGUAUGCGCGUGUACCUGUGCCAACGCAGGCACAGCCGCAAACAUGGACACCGUUGCGAAUACGAACGCCAAUGCGAAUAAAAUGAAAAAUACAACGACGAAUACAAAUGCGAAUGCGAACACGAACGCGACCGCGACCGCGAACGCGAAUGCAAAUAUGAUUACGGGGGGGACGGUCGCGGACGCGGUAGUUAGAAAAACGAAUGCGGUCGAAACGAAGAGAAGUUCUUGGUCCAGUCACGAUUCUAUGGAAGCGCAGAGAAAGGAGCUCGAUUUUCCCGGCUGCUCCUUUCUGUCGAACAAAUCGACGGGAAGUAACGUUCACGCGGAAGCGGACGCUUCGUCGAAACCGAUCAAACUGGACGGCGAAAACACGGCCGAUUCCUAUCCGUAUUCGUCGAAGGAGCCGCAGUUCAGUCUCGACUACGGUUACGAGGCGGUCGCUUCCGAUCCUUCGAAAAAGAAUCCGGCGAACCGAUCGGCGCUGGUUCGCGAUCCGAAUUACGAGUCGUUUCGGACUCGGCAGCAUUCCUUCGCGGAAAGCGUGGUCGGUAACUACGCCCUGCCCGGGCCGCGGCAUACCGUGGACUUGUCGAGCAGCUACAACGCGGCGGCGCUUCCGCUGAAGCACAGGCAGGCGAGCAACGCCAGCAGCGAGGAUCCGGGCUACGAGAAGGUCAGGCUGCGCAGAAGGAUCGACACGGACCACGAUACCGACUCCGAGCCAAAUUACGAGAGCAUGCCGCACGACUCGGGAGAGCCGAAUUACGCGUCGGUUUGCCGUCCGGGCGACAGCGACACCGAUCCCAACUACGAGUCCGUGAAUCACGGCGAUCCCAAUUACGAGAGCGUCAAGUACAUGACCGUCGCCCGGACCGACGAACCACCCUACGAGCAAGUCCACGGAUUUCAGUCCGAUCCGAAUCUAGACGGGUACGAACAGGUGAAGAAACGCUUGUACAGCGCCGAUUACGAGAGGAUUCAACUGCAUCAUUCCACGGAACCGAUCAGCAACGGAGACACCGACGACGAACAAUACGUCCAAGUCUAAUCCCGACCACGUCGCUCCUUAGAUAAUCUUCCCCUUUUUCUUUUUUCUUUUUUCUUUUUUCUCUUCCCUCUUCCCUCUUCCCUCUUCCCUCUUCCCUCUUCCCUCUUCCUUCUUCCUUCUUCGUUCUUUAUUCGAGCCCUCGCCUCGAUUCAACCAGAAAAAGCCGAGAGUGUACGUUUUCACACCGUUAACUUUCUCCAAUGUAAGACUGACGAAAACAACCUGCGAUAAUCCUACCAGAUGUAUCUACCCCGAGCAUAGGUAUGUUUUCCGCCUUUUCCUUUUCAAUCAAAUUCUCUACGGUUGAACAUAAUGCGCGAUAUCUCGUAUCUUGCUAGUUUUAUACUAAACGCGUAUUUAUAUGUAUAAUGCAAACGGCUCCGUUCGCGAGGCAAACCGGAGUUGCGCAUUUAAUCGAGAAUAACGGUGUCGCGAACGGCAACGAUUCAGUUGCGCGAUACCGCAGUUUCAAAGAGAUCUAUACACCGAACCAUAUUUAUUCGUAUCAGCGUAGCGAUUGUACGUUAUAGUUUAUUUCUUUUCCGAUUUCCUCUUUUCUCUUGUAUCCUGCCCGAAAGCCCGCCCGCCCCCCUUUCCUUCUCUCCGCAUCUUCCGUUUUCCGGUCAAGCAAUUGUCAAGUAUAAAUUCACGAACGGUUAACAGUUACGCAACGUCGAAUCUUGAUCCAAGUAACUUGCGCGCGAUAAAUCGAUGCAGCGAUGCUAUCGCGAUAAAACUAAAACGUGUAUACUCGUUUCGAGUGGUCGUUACACGCGCACUCGCACGCGUACACAUCUUCUCUUCCACAGAAUCGAAUCGAAAGGAUAUGAAAAGAAUUUUAUAACGAACCAUACUCUCUUAUUAACCGCAACGAUUUGUAUUCUUUUAUAUCCCAUUGUAAAAUAAAACGUUUUGUAUACACUGUAAAGAAUAUGGUCU